GUACUAAAUCUCUAGAAAAUACGGUGCAGAAAGGACGCGAUAAAUGAAAGGCUACGCCGGCGACCGACGUGAAGGAAAGGAGAAAGAUGGUCAGACCCAGAAGGGAGGGAGGAGGCGAUAGUGAUGCCAGAGUUCGAAACGGCCGAUACAAGGGGGUGCGGAUGAGGAAGUGGGGGAAGUGGGUUGCAGAAGUAAGACAACCGAAUAGCCGGGGCAAGAUAUGGUUGGGAUCCUACAAGACAGCAGAGGAAGCGGCCAGAGCGUAUGACGCUGCCGCUUUUUGCCUGCGUGGAACUUCGGCCGAGCUCAAUUUCCCCGAUAAUCCGCCUGAGAUCCCGGGUGCCAGAGAUCUGCUAACCCCAACUCAAAUUCAAGACGCGGCCUUCAAGCACUCUCGAAGAGCAGCCGCUGAAGAUGCUGAGGGAGCGGGCGAAUUAGGGGUUCUAAUGAUGGGUCCCAAUAGUGGUUGUUUUGCAGGAACAAACGGAGUAGAAGGGUGUUAGUAGUGAUAAUUCUAGUGCGGCAUUUUAUCAGUCACCUGGUAUGCAGACAAUUUAGGACUUCCUCUGUUUUUCCAUGCGAAAUGGGUACUAAUUGCACACUUUCAUUUUAAUAUAAUGGAAACUUUUCUGCUAGAUUCCAUGAAUUUCACAGAAUGGAUCAAUGAAAUUGGGGCAAAAUA